GAAGGGUGUGGCAUUGAAUGUGCCCAGUGCAGCCGCUGGAGCGUCUGCCUGGACAGUGAUUAUGGAGAUCAGUUGAUCGCCUUCCCCCUUCUCCCCACCCACUCGCCUUAAACUUCCCCCACCAGCACCUGUCUCCGCUCUUGCUCCGUUUCUCGACCCUAGAACGGUAGUACUUUAAGAAACCGCUGCUCCGAUCGAGACACCAUCGCAUUCGGGCUGACAGAUUACUGAAGCUUGCAAGCUAGCGAGUGUGGUUGACUGGAGUUCUCGGCGCUGCUGGUGACAACGCUGCUGGUUGGGACCGUAUCCAAGAGGAGCUUGACACUGUCGGAGGUUGUCGAGCUGGUGAGAGAAUCCUUGAUAUAAAGAGCAUCUCUUUCGCAAUGGGUUCGGCAGAUGUGGCGUCCACUCUGACGGAGCUCAACGUCCAGCUCGAUGACCCUGUGUACGUGAAGCCCGCAGAGCCUUGCGAGAAUACCAGCCCUUUCUUCCUCACCAACAUCGACCAGAUGUUGGCAUUCACAGUGGAGACGCACUACUUUUAUGCUUCUAAUCCAGAAAAGUCGAGCGACACGGUGGCGGACACGCUCAAGGAGGCGCUGAGCAAGUUGUUAGUUCAUUACGACUUCUUGGCGGGUCGGGUGAGACUGAACGAGCAGCUCAUGCGCAUGGAAAUCGACCGCAACUAUGCAGGAGCACAGUUCUCUACUGCUACUUGCGACCUCACGUUGGCGGAGCUUGGCGAUGUCUCAGUCCCAAAUCCCCUCUUCAGGAAAUUUGUGCCGCAAGCGCACAAAGCGACCACUAUAGCAGACAUCCCUUUAAUGAUGAUUCAGGUAACGACAUUCAAAUGCGGCGGCCAUUGUGUCGGCUUUGGAAUGAGCCAUCUCGUUUGGGACGGUCACGGCGUGGUGGAGUUUCUGUUCAAUUUGAUGUCUGUAGCUCAAGGUGGCCCUCUGAUCUUCCAACCCAAGCCUGAACGUGAAAUGUUCAAGGCUCGGGAUCCUCCAACUCCUACAUUCGAUCAUCCCGAAUAUCUCAGACUGGACGAGCUUCCACCUAGUCUUAGUGGCGCUUUCACCACGCCAGACGUUGUCGACUCAGGGUUUGAGGGAAUAUCUGCCUCUUCGAAGCACAUCACCAAGAUUGUGUCAUUUUCUGCUGAAGAUUUGGCCAUACUAAAGAGGAGAGCCAUGGAAGAUGGAAAGCUCUCCAAGGUUAGCACCUUCGACGCGCUUUCAGGCCAUGUCUGGCAAGCCCGGAUCAAGGCCAUUGAUGCGAAACCGACUGAUGUUGCCCAACUCCAGUACGCUGUGGACAUCCGUGAUCGCCUGGAUCCCCCACUACCCAAGGGUUUCGUUGGCAAUGCCAUCUACUCUGCUUGCGCCCGAGCCACUUGUGAAGAGGUCCGAAGUGGUUCUCUGUCAUUCUGUGUGGAACAAGUUCAGAAGGCCAAUGAAAGAGUCACAAAUGACUUCAUCAGAUCUGGAAUUGACUGGUGGGAGGUGUACCGCGGCAUACCAGCCGUACCCAGCGGAAUCUUCAUCUCAUCGUGGCAGAAGAUGCCGUUCUACUCCAUCGACCUUGGCUGGGGAAAGCCCAUGUAUGCAGGGCCGGCAGUAUCGCCAAUGGUAGAGUUCGUUGUGUUCUUGCCCACACCCGAGCAGCAAGGACUGAACGUAAUUCUGGCUUUACAACCGGAGGUGAUGACCAAGUUCGAGGAAUUCGCGAAAGUAACCGCCUAGAUUAAGCCUAACCUGGAUGGGGGCUGAUGUAUAAACGUAUAACUACUACACAAACAUCAAGAGACACCAAACUCAUUUUACAUUUCUAAGUUUCGUGAUUUAUACCUCACGAAGCGAUCGUUAAUUAAGUGUUACAAAUCAAUUUUUUUCACUUCA